GACAGUACGAGGCGCGUUGCAACGUUCGAUCAACGCCCGGGCGCCAUUCCAGGGCCCGCCCACUCCUCCGGCUGCCGCGGCCGGGGCUGGAGUGCGUGGCGCUUCUCGGCUCACGUCCUUCGCCUGCGGCCAUGUGAGCUACAGCCGGUCGGGUAUCUGGUCGUCUGAAAUCAAGCGCGUCGCUCGACUCCGGGGUUUGUUGCGGCCAGCUCGGGCAAGGAAUCCCAGGCGGCAAGUGGCAGAAGCUAGGAGGAAACUAGAUAUGUUGAGCUUCUAAAUGGACUGCAUCCUAACAGGGACCCCGAAUUAAAUGGAUAUUUGAACUCUUUGCAAUAAUGAAAAUGUGACUGAUGUUGCAUCUGUCAUGAUGUCUAGCAACAUAAAAGACAGUCUUGAGCUUCAAGUGGCAGAAUUGGAAAUGCUUUUGUCUAUGUUUCCUAAUAAAGGAGAAAUAACUCUUCAAGAUGAAAAUGUUUUCGAGAAUAUUCAGAGGUACCUGAAAAAUACAACUGAAAAUCUCCUGCCUAAAAUUGAGUAUUCAGUUGCUGUUCCUAUAAAUGAAACCAAGGCCAUUGUAGAUUUGCAGGUGGAAUUGCCUCACCGUUACCCCUAUGUGACACCACAACUUUUUGCGAGAUCAAGUACACUAGACAGGCAACAACAGUUGCAGCUCAAUAAAGACCUUACCUCUUAUAUUUCUACUUUGGAGCCCGGAGAACUUUGUAUAUGCGCAGCUGUUCGGUGGUUACAGGAUAACAGUACAUUCAGAGUACAAAACAGUGAAGUUUGUGAAAGAACAACAAGGAAAAAAAUAGUCAAAGCACCAUUUAAACGCAUGUGGAUUUACAGCCAUCAUAUAUACCGACAAGAACUGAGGAAAAAGAUCUUUGAAUAUGCAAAGAAAUUAAAUCUGACUGGUUUCUGCCUAGCUGGGAAGCCUGGGGUGAUUUGUGUGGAGGGCACAAAAGAAAACUGUGAAGAGUUUUGGCAUAUUAUUAGAUACCCCAAUUGGAAACACAUUUCCUGCAAGCAUCUUGAGACUGGAGAAGUAGAAGGAAAUGGAGAAAAUUUUCGCCUCUUUCAGACCUUUGAAGAUUUACAGUUUCAAGCUCAUGGUGAUUAUGGAUUAAGGAAUGACUAUCACAUGGACCUUGGUCAAUUCCUAGAAUUUCUUAAGGUUCAUCAAAGUGAACACAUAUUUCAGAUCUUAUUCGGCAUUGAAGGAAAAAGUCCUGACAUUUAGCACAAGUUUAUUCCCUCUCUGGUUCUUGACGAGGUUUUGAAAUCUUCAAUCAAGAGCAAAUGUGCUAGGAGGACAGUUCUGGGUUAUAUUUGUAUGAAAUCAAGGGGGAGGAUUGGUGUGAUUAAAAUAUAUGAUAUAGUAAAAUAAAAUCCAGUCU